AUGAAAGACCCCAGCAUGUUUCUUAAAGCUCGCCGGGUUUGCGUCUUACUUCUUGGGGUGACCUAUCUCCGACCAUUUGCGUUCGGCCAAGUGUUUGUCGGAGGCGGCAAUUCCACUGACCCGCCAAGCAUCGAGGCUCCGGAGGGUCUCUCAGAGGCGUGCAGUGCCACAUACAAUGAGGCAGUUUCUUGCAACAUCGCCCUGAGCCCAAUGGGCCGUGGUGAUGUCGUCCUCGACCAGCGUUUUCUCGAGUUCCUCUGCGUUGACGAAUGCCUAUCGAGCUUGGAAAAGCUUCGCGAAAAGCAGCUCUCGUCGUGCUCAAAUUCCACCGAUAUUACAAAGAUCGGCGGUGUAGAAUAUCCCCCUACGUUUACUGUAGAUAUGCUGAUCUACACUUACAAUUACACCUGUCUACGCGACCCUGAGACGGAUUUGUUUUGCUUCCCGUUCGUGGAGACCUGGAACACCGACACGGCGGCCGCGGGCGACCAGCUUUGCUGA